AGGCAGGUCAAAAAGAAGAAAAAAUGGUGGAAUGGCAUAUGGGAGUAUGGGAGGUGUGUAACAUGAGAUGAGGGCUGCCACCAACCGCGCCAACGAAUCCUCACCAACCAACCCUCUUCCUCAUAGUUUCUUAUAUAUAAUAAAAUCUCCAGGCAGCAUCAUCAGUGAUCAAGAUUGAGAAACUCAAGCUCACCAAUUUCUUCAGAGGAAGCCAUGGAAAGUGCAAUCGGCAGGGUGGCUCCUCUGGAAGCCGUCCUGUUCGACAUCGACGGGACGAUGGGGAUCUCCGACCCCUUCCACCACCGGGCCACCUCCGAGAUGCUCCUCAAGGUCGGUUACAACAACGGCGUCCCCAUCACGCCGGAGUUCGGCAUGAAGCACAUGGCCGGCCGGAGCAACGAGCAGAUCGGCCGCUUCCUCUUCCCGGACUGGGACCAGGCCAGGCUGGACGCCUUCUUCGCCGAGAAGGAGGAGCUCUUCGCCAGGUACGCCGGCGAGGGGCUCAAGGAGAUCGCCGGCCUCACCGCGCUCUGCCACUGGGCCGACGAGCGCAGGCUCAAGCGCGCGGCGGUGACCAACGCGCCCAGGGCCAACGCCGAGCUCAUGAUCUCCAUCCUCGGCCUCUCAGACUUCUUCAAGCUCAUCGUCUCCGCCGAGGACUGCGGGCGCUCCAAGCCCUACCCGGACCCCUACCUCAGGGCGCUCCACCUGCUCGGCGCCUCGCCGGACCACACCAUCGUCUUUGAGGACUCCACCGUCGGGGUGCAGGCCGGUGUUGCGGCCAGGAUGCCGGUGAUCGCCAUCGCCGACGAGAGCCGGGAGGGCAAGCUCACCGCCGUCGGCGCGAGCCUAGUCAUCAGGGACUACACAGAUCCAAAGCUCUGGUCCGAAUUGGACAAACUGGACACCACCAAACCUCAAGCUGCAGAGGCCAAUGGAGCAUAAUAUACAUAGCAAUAGCUGUGCAACACACUGAAAUAUUUUUCCUUGCCAUAUUUCAUUUCACUUCACGCACAACACAUUCAUGUGUGAUGAUGUAUCUUAAAGCAAGACCAAAAUUGCCGGUACAAAUAAGCAAGACCAAAUUUGAUUGCGAGGGAUCUCGCAAGACCUA